AAGCGUGCAGGAAUAAAAAAAAGUAUAGCUGCUUUGAGCUGGUUUUUGAGGAGGUAGACCUGGCUAUAAGGGGGGCGGUUAUUUGAGCAGGGUCACUUAUUGAAGAAAAUGUCUCUUAGGGAGGCGCUUAUUCUAGCAGGGAGCGCUUGUUCCGUCAUUUACGGUAUACAAGCUUCACAGUCCACAGUUACAUAUUUUUUUAACACAGUUUUUAAUGCAUGUGGAAAAGGUGUGAUCCUGCAGGUCUGACUGAAAAGCCUGACAAAUUAUUUUUUUAUGUGUUGACAAAUUGACUGUUUGCUGGAUUAAAGAAUUAAAAAAUCUAGUCAGGAAUUAAUAGUGGCUGUAUAUAGUAGAGAUGUGACUAGAAAGGCAGGUCAAACUACUUUCUAUGGACACUCAAAUUAAUAUUUUUAGGCUUUCGUAGCUCAAAAAUUUAUUAUUGUUUUUAGUCAAAAAAUUAUUAUAUAUAUAUAUACAUCCCUUGAGUAAUGCCUGGCCUAAUAAUGGAUGAUAUGCAAAAGACAUCUGAAGUAAGUAGUGUCAUGGAUAGUCCAAUGGUAACAUCUAACAUUGAAAAUUCAUCGUCAUCAGAACUGACCAGUCCAGCUAACACAAGUACUGGUAUCAAGAAAAAAAUGGAUGAAACACUUGCAAAUCGCAGACUGUCAAGUCGCGUAAAGGCCAAGCCUGCUUACUUUGAUGCAUCACCGAUUGUUUCAAUUUCCCAAAGUUCAAAUUCACCAAAACUAACUUCUCCUCCAUUGGAUGAUGUAAUAGCUGACGAAGAAAAUGUUUCAGAAAAAGAGAUGGAGGAAACAGUUGUGGAAGAAAUAGAAGAAGAUAAUGAAAUUGUUUUUAAAAAACCUGCAUCAAAAAGAAAGAGCAAAGGAGCACUAGAUGUCACUGUUAAGAAAGGCAAAAUGUCUGCCAAGAAAAAGACAACAAAAACUCCUGACGACGAUGAGGAAAAUUCAUCUUUGUUUGAAAUUGUCAAGUUAGGAAAAAGUGCUUUAGUGAGUGUUAUAAAUGAUUGGAUUGAAACUUAUAACGAUGAUAAAUCUCUAGCUAUGGUUGAACUUAUUCAAUUCUUUGUAAACAGUUCCGGAUGUAAUGCCAAAGUUGCGAAAACAAUGAUCGAAGAGGAAGACACUGUUCGAGCCAUUCGUCACUUAACAGAAAACUUCGGUGAACAAGCAGAGGAGUAUCCGUUGAUAAUUUCAAGACCAGAGUUUAAAAAAUUCAAAGUUAAUUUUGUUUCAUUUAUAUUACAACUUAUUAACCAAUGUCAACAUACAGUCAUAUAUGACGAUGAAAUGAUGGAUAUUUUGAUUUGCUGGAUCAUUGGUCUGUCAGACUCACAAGUUCGUGCUUUUCGUCACACAAGUACCCUGGCAGGAAUGAAAAUUGUUACUGGGUUGAUUGACGUAGCAUUAAAAGUAGGCAUUGAGUUGGACAACACCCAAAAACAACUCGACAGCGAAAACCAGAAAACAGCCAGCAAGAAAUCUAAGGAAAAAUUAAAUAAAUUACAAAAGAGAAAAGAGGAGCUUUGUCAAAACAAAACUGAAUUAGAGUACAUGAUGAACCGUAUUUUCUCUGGUAUCUUUGUACAUCGAUAUAGGGAUAUCCGUUCUGAAAUACGCUCCAUAUGUAUUGCUGAAAUUGGAACAUGGAUGGACAAGUAUAGCACAUUAUUUCUUAACCAGAAUUAUUUAAAGUAUGUUGGAUGGUUGUUGUAUGACAAGGUGGGAGAUGUGCGCUUACAAGUUUUGAAAGUACUCGAAAAGUUGUAUGAAAAUGAAGAUUACAUUGAAAACUUAGAAUUAUUUACUGGAAGAUUUAAGAACCGGUUAAUUCACAUGACCCUUGAUGUUGACAAUGAUGUUGCAGUUCAAGCGAUAAAAAUUGCUUCCAUAUUAUAUAGAUACGAUGUGCUGGAUGAAGAUGACUGCAGUCAAGUAGAGCAGCUUGUUUAUUGCGAUCAGCGCGGAAUGGCUCAUGCAGCAGGAGAAUUCUUAGCUUCAAGAAUUAUUAGGUUGUCUAUUGAAGCAUCUCCUAAGAAAUUGCGGAAAGGCCAUAAAGAAAGUUAUCUCCGUCAAAUGAACGUAAAGGCAAUAUUGGACUUCUUCAUAAAAACUGAGAUUCACCAAACAUGUGCAUAUAUUGUCGAUAGCUUGUGGGAGCACACUGAUUUAUUAAAGGAUUGGAAAACAAUGACUAACUUGCUACUUGAUACAAACUCUCAUAUAGAUUUGGAGAACGAGGAAGAAACAGCACUUAUUGACCUCAUGUGUAGUGCAUGCGAACAAGCAGCAAAUGGCACUGGACCACCUGGCAGAGUUGUGAAUAAAAAGCUCAGUCAAAAAGAUAAGAAAACCCACCAAGAAGAUCGCUACAGCAUCAGUACCCAUUUCAUGGAGAAUCUGCCCCUUUUACUGGAAAAGUACAAAGCUGAUAUACAAAAAACCGAGCAAUUGCUGGCCAUUCCACAGUACUUUGAUUUGGAAGUUUAUGCAGAAAAAAGGUUGACUAAGCACUUGGAAUCCACUCUCAAACACAUGGAAGAUAUAGUAAUGAAACAUGCUGACACGGAGCUGUUAAAUACAUGCUCCGAGACAUAUCAUUAUUUGAUCGAUAAUGAGUUAGUUAUUCAACAAACGGCUGAAAUCUCAAGAAAUGGAUUGUUAGAUAAAAUUGUUGAAAAAUUUCGAAAAAGUAUUGCGCAUGGAAUUCCUACAGAAGAUGAUGACAAGGACAGUCAAGCAUACUACAACACUGUCACUUCCUUGAAGAGAAUCAAUGCUUUCAAUAUAAACCAUGAUCUUUCUGACUGGGAUUUGUAUCAAGAUAUAAAUGCAAUCAUCGAUCAGGGAGUCAAUGGUAGUGUUGCUGAAGAGGUGCUGAUUUUGGCAGUUAACAUCAUGUGUAUGAAUCAUUUCUUGAUGUUGGAAUUUGAAUCGCCAAGUAAAACGGAGUUGAAAGCUAUGAGAAAACGUCAGAAGCUAUAUGUCAAGCAACUGGAUGAGCUUCUACAGUUCUGUGAGUUACCCGUUAAAACAGAGAUCUUCAAAAUUUUAUGUGAUUAUUUCAUAAUGUUCUCAAAGCAGUUGCUUAAUAAAGCUCCUGGUUUAGCCCAGAUCGUGUAUACUGCAGACCCAAGUUUGCAGGUACGAAUGCGGGAUUUUAUCAUCACCAACGUUUUUAACACGGUUACUGAUGAAGAUAUCCAAGACGAAGAAGAGGAUGAUGCUAAAGUUCAAGAAUUGAAAAAUAAGAGAGUUUUGUUAGCUGGCUUGUGUAAACUGAUCGCCUAUGACAUGUUUGAUAUCAAGCUUGCGGCUCCAAUAUUUGUGCAAUUCUUACGGGCCUAUGCAGAAUACUCUGACAUCAUCAAACAGCUCAUGCAGAAAGCCAAGGAAAGCAACCUAAUUGUGUUUUCAAAAGUUUUAUUGUUUGCAUUGCAACAGGCUUUUGAAAGUUUGAGGGAUGAUAGCGAAGGUGUUAUUGAUACACGUUGUGAUGAAUUUGGUGCAAUAAAAGAUCUGGCGCGUCGUUUUGCACUGACGCUUGGAGUGAACAUAAAUUUAGACAACACGAGGAAAAGCACAAUAACAAUCCACAGGGAAGGCAUCACGUACGCUUUCAGUUAUCCAAUUGAUCCAUCUCUUUCACCCUCCAAACAGAAUUUACCAGACACACCUCCAAAUCUUCUUUUCUUGGAGAUUUUACACGAGUUUACAUAUAGAGUGACGAAGAUCGAUCGAAAAGUCAUAUUAAAACAUUUGGAAAACACGGCUGGUGAUAUGCUUAGUAAAAAAGGAGGUGUUUGGUCACCUGUGCGGACGUACAAGAACGGUCUCGACAGUGGCGUAAAUGAAACAAAAAUUUCUGACGAAGCUGAGAGGGAACUGGAAGAGGAGUUAGCCAUGGAGAAGAAAUCGAAGAAAAAGAAAACAUCAUUUGCGAAUGAAACGAAUCAAUUGCCAGCUGGAAGUAAACGAAAAGCAAAGAAGAAAUUAUCCCUGAGUAAAGUGGGAGGUAACGACCAGUGGUUAAGCAAACAGUCAAUCGAAAAUGAAAGUCAAAAAUCUGUUCCAAAAGUAGCGAGAGCGAUUCCAAGAGUUAGAAAAUCUAAUGAAGGGGAUGCUAAAAAAUCGUCUUCAGAUGAAAGUAGUGAUGAAGACGAGACUUUGGCAGAUGUUUCAUCGAGAAUCUCACCUAAGAAACAGCUUGCUUCUAAAGGAGGUUCAAAGGCAACCAAAGACACGCUUAUAAGCUCAACUAAGAAGAAAACACCUGCAAGAAAAGGUGCAGUAGCGAAGAUACCGAUUCGGUUGACAUCGGGUGUGGAAUCAUCAUCAACAGACAGUCCAAUAAAAGAAGUGGAGGAUUCGUCUCAACCAGAAGAAAGUGAUAGUGAUGUAAGCAGUGUGGUGGAGGGUGAAGAUGAAAGUAUUGCUGGAGCUUCACAGAAAUCUUGGUUGGCAUCACAACAAAGGCCAAGUGCAAAGAAACCGAAGAAAAAUUAUAGUGCAAAAUCAAUCAGUCCAUUGAAAAGAAAUCGCAGCAGAAUUGACGAGAGUAGUCAAGAUAGUGGGAGUGACAUCAGCAGUCCAAGCGCACGUGAAAUGAGGGCAUCAAAAAGGCAAAAACGAGAAAUUCCGUCGGAUCUACUUCAAGAUUCGCAAAUAUCUGACGUUUCUCAAGAAACCGAAGUCUCACAAGACUUGCCGGAGGUGUUUUGAUCAUUUAAACAUACAACGAUACAAGUAUUAAAGAUUUUUAUUGACUUCACUCGAAAUACUUCGACGAGUUAUUAUUCCUCCCUGUGCUUACAACGGCAUAAAACGUCACUUUAGCAUGUAAAUAUUCUGUGUAUAAUUUUUAAGUUUUUUUCGUACUACUUUCAAAGUUGGAUUUUCACUCAAACCAAUCUCACAUGCGCCUCAUUUCUGCUUGUUUUCUUUCACUAACUAGAAAUAUUACUUUACACGUUUCUUUUUUGGUCAAACACAGCUUUUGCAACCCUGCCAUGUUGGUUACCUGAUAUUAGUUUUUCACAUCUGUUUACAUUUUACUCCAGUUUUUGAUAAGCAUUAUUUUAUUUUGCAUAGUUUUGUAGUCGAAAAAGUAUACUCUGUUUCCACUUUUGUUUGGGACAGGGGUACACAAUUACGAAAUUACGCGUUUUUAUGCCCGCGUAUUUACAAAUUUACGCGUGCGUAAAAAAGGGUUUGAGUAAAAAUCCAGCUUUUAACCCUGGCUAAAACUCCCACACACAGCGUUACUGAUCUGCACACAAAAACUCCAUCGCAGUGUUGUUUUUCUGCAGCUUCAUUUGUUACUUAAAUUGUUGUCAUGCUAUCUACGUUCUAUUGUUUCCAACAUAUUUUAUUUGUACAUAACUUAAUUAAGUAAAAUAUGAACAGUAGGUCAUGAAUUACU